ACAAGAGAUAGCGGGUUUUCUCGGAAUACCGUCUUUACAUUUCAAACGUUUAUUAUACGAUUUUUUUCCAUUUCCAAUACUUACCAGACAUUAUUUGUGUUAAGUUCAUAUGUGGCUGUGCAUACAUCUUGAGUACUACACCAAUACAUUUGAUCGUGGAACUCACUGGUCUAAUUCACAUUGGAGAGCAGAAUAUCAAGUAGAUGUCUGCACCAGAAGGCAGCAAGAUGCCUGAAUCUGGGGAUGUAAAGCCACCUGUUACCACUCAGCCUGUCACAGGGGCAGUCCCUUCAGGAGCAGCUCAAACCAGCACAGUCAGUGCACCAAAACCUUCCUCACAGGCACCUCAGAAGCCAAACUACACUUUGAAGUUUACAAUGGCUGGACACACCAAAGCAGUUUCAUCAGUUAAGUUCAGUCCCAGUGGAGAGUGGCUUGCCAGCUCAUCUGCAGAUAAGUUGAUAAAGAUUUGGGGAGCUUAUGAUGGAAAGUUUGAGAAAACGAUAAGUGGACACAAGUUGGGUAUAUCUGAUGUAGCCUGGUCUACAGACAGUCGCCUUCUUGUCAGUGCAUCAGAUGAUAAAACUCUCAAGAUCUGGGAUUUUGCAACAGGGAAAUGUAUGAAGACUUUGAAAGGCCAUAGUAAUUACGUAUUUUGUUGCAAUUUCAACCCCCAGUCCAACCUGAUUGUCUCAGGAUCGUUUGAUGAGAGUGUAAGAAUAUGGGAUGUGAAAACUGGCAAGUGUUUGAAAACAUUACCUGCUCAUUCAGAUCCAGUUACUGCAGUGCAUUUCAACAGAGAUGGUUCUUUGAUAGUAUCCAGUAGUUAUGAUGGCUUAUGUCGGAUAUGGGAUACUGCAUCUGGACAAUGCCUCAAAACCUUAAUAGAUGACGAUAAUCCCCCGGUGUCCUUUGUAAAGUUCUCUCCCAAUGGAAAAUACAUUCUAGCAGCAACAUUAGACAACACUUUAAAGUUAUGGGACUACAGCAAAGGAAAGUGUUUAAAGACAUACACAGGGCACAAGAAUGAGAAGUACUGUAUAUUUGCCAAUUUCUCAGUCACUGGAGGGAAAUGGAUUGUGUCAGGAUCUGAAGAUAACAUGGUGUAUAUCUGGAAUCUCCAGUCAAAAGAAAUUGUACAGAAGCUGCAAGGCCAUACAGAUGUGUCACUGUGUUGUGCAUGUCAUCCAACAGAAAACAUUAUUGCCUCGGCAGCACUAGAGAAUGAUAAGACAAUUAAACUGUGGAAAAGUGACGUGUGAUGCUGCAUCAUCUGUACCUUUAUAAUCCAUCAACCAGCAUGUGUUGGUUUUAUUCAUGGUCACUCAUCACACAACUAACAACAGCAACAAACAACAUUUUGUCUUUUGACACAGAACAGUCAGAAGUUAUGUUAAGAUCAGCAUUUGGAAAGGUCACUGCUGAAAUGAAAGACAAGUUUCUCAUCUAUUUUAUAUUUAAGAUAAGUUAAAUCAAUAUUGGUCUCACCUGCGACAAAAGAGUAGCGAAAGCAAGGCUAUUGUGGUACUUUUCCCGGCAAUGACGCUGAAGACAAAAACCUUAUUUUGAAAAUACAUCUCUUCGUCUCCGAACAACAUGUCAAGAUUCAACCAACUAGUGGUGUUAGUCUUCUUAAUAACAUGUUGAGGUUAAACAUCAUACAAGUAGCAAUUGAUUUUCAUGAAAUGAUAUCAAAAUGUCUUAAUAGGCUUCAGCUAGAUUUUGAUCAGUCAUCCUUGGUAUGUGUUGGGUAUCGUAAGUUCUCUUGUUUAGGACCUGAUUCUCCUGUGUGCUGAUUAAUGGUGUCAAAUAGGGUCAGUUUGGCCAAGGGACGACCCAGUUUUAUCUGAAGCCUCCUUAUAUGUUUUCUUUUUAGCUCCCAUUCCAACCUACUGUGCAGGUAAAGGUGUCUCCAUUUUUUUUUCUCGGUCAUCUUGAGGGAGGGAAGGGAGUUCUGGAAACAAAUUGUUCUAUAUUAAUUUCUACUAUGGUAACAUUUUAAGACUGACAUCAAGUCUGAUGUGUUAUCUAUUUACUUUUAAAGUUUAUUAAUUAAUACAGUUUACUCUGAUUUUGAAACUCCGAUACUUACAAUGUUUCUUUAUCAGAUAAACAGCCUGUUGUGUCAUAUCCUACCGCAAUAUCAUAAAUAUCAUGUGUAAUUGUAAUAUCAUAAAUAAGUCGUAUUUUGAUGAUGUCAAUGGAUUGUAUCCUUAGUCAGUAUCAUACCUACAACCCAAAUUUGUCCUAUAGGGAAAUUCAUUUUGAGAGAUGCGAGUUAUAUGAUAAAUAGAAUGAUGCACUUGCAUCCAUGUAAUGAGGAAUUUAUCAAACUGGCUGAAUAUUUUGAUGUACAAACCUUGAUUAUUGAACUUGUUUAAUUAAUUCUUUAUAACAUCGAAACUCAUGGUUGGUUGGUUACGGUUUUUUCCAUCACCAUGUCUCUACACAUUGUUAAGCUUGUCUCCUUGACAUAUGUCAAUGGUUUGUUGACAUGUACAUAGCCACUUCUAACUAGGAGGUGUUGAAAUCUCAAUAAAUGUCCUAGUUUAUAUGCAAGCAAUAAGUCCCUCUAAUGUAUUCUCAUUUGACUUUAUGUAAAAACAAAUUUUUAAAAUACAGUUUAUCUUAUUUUCAUCUCUGUCAACCUUGAAUGAUCUCCUUGUUUAAGUGUUAUUUUGGCGAGAUGUGACAUUCCUAACAACUUAUUGCUGUAUUUGAUAGGUGACAAGAUAAUGCUGGAAAUGUUCUUAAUACCUCAUAUGGGGUCAUUACUUAUCUUUAAUAUUUGAAGAUUUCAAUUUUUAUUAUUCUUCAAAUAGUUUGACAAUAGAAGAUAGAAUUUAUCUCCAACAAGAUAUCCUUAACUGAAAGUUACAGGUACAGUUCUUAUUUAUACAAAAGGUUGUAAAACAGUUACUACCAAUUACUAAUUAGUACAAGACCAUACAGGUUUUGGGUACCGGGUGCCUCUAGUGUUGAAACUCUAAUUUCAGAAGAUAACUUUAGACAAUAUGUUUUCGAUCAGACUAUGUUUUCCAUACAACAGAGGAAACUUUUGACAGUUUUUACUUCAAUUUCAUCAAUUGUUUUUCGACGUCAGCAAUAUAGUAAUUAGUUUUCAUGUAUUAGAAGAACAUGUAAACAUAGUUUGGAAAUAAUGAUACGUAAAAAAUCUUUCAUGUCCAGAAAAAAAGAUAUGGUAAAUUUUAUAUGUAUGAUUAGGUGAAAAAUGUACCAGACCAGUUUUCUUCUUCUAUGUGAGAAUAUGUGCAAGUAGCUCAUAUACAAGAAUGCUGAAGUAAGAUAUAAACAAAUAGAUUGAAGCUUUAAUAAAACUGAUAUUAAUGAUCAUGGAACUAUUAGGGACAUUCAUUGAUAAUAAAAUUAUCAAUGACAUUCUUUCGUCAUGGAAUUAUCAAGGACAUUCAUUGAUCAUGGAACUAUACGGACAUUCAUUGAUCAUGGAAUUAUCAAGGACAUUCAUUUAUCAUGGAACUGUUAGGGACAUUCGUUGAUCAUGGAAUUUUUAAGGACACAAGAUAUAAUCAGGUACUUUAACAUUUCAGUUUUCUGAUCAUAUUUCUGAUGAAUAUUGUAGUCAAAGAUUGUGAAUAAAAAAAGUAUCCAAGAUACUAGGGUAUUCAACAUGUUGGCUGUCACAUUGAACAUUCAGACUAGUUGGGUGAAUUCCCCAUAACAAACUAAACUAAGAGAGGGGACUUAUACAGAAUUAACCAAGGUAAAAGAACCUGUUUAAUGUUUUGUGUCGAAUUAAGGUGUGUCUGAUAUUAUGGUAAGGUCAGAUUUGGACUGCUGUUUGAUCUAAAUAUUUUGUUGCAGAAUGUUCAUAUAAUACAUGUCAAGGGGCAGCUGAGGAAAAGAUUUGGCUUUUUCUCAAAAUCUGUAUAAUGCUGUUCACACGAUAACUGUUGUGUCUAUAUGUGUUCAUUUUUAAGUUGUUUACAUAAUGUGUGUACAAAACUGUAUAAAGACUCAUUAAAAAUUUCAAAAUCUAGAA